AUGAAGACAAUUAAUUGUUACUUGCUGUUACUUUGCUGGAAAGCAAUUUAUGGUAAUAGCUGUGAGCUGUCCAAUAUCACCAUAGCAGUGGAGAAGGAGGAGUGCAGGUUCUGCAUUAGUGUGAAUGCCACUUGGUGCUCUGGAUACUGCUUCACAAGGGAUCCAGUGUAUAAGUACCCCCCGGUAUCAUCAGUUCAGCAAACCUGUACUUUCAAGGAGCUUGUUUAUGAAACAGUGAAGAUCCCUGGCUGUGCUGACCAUGCUGAAUCUUUUUAUUCAUACCCAGUGGCUACCGAGUGCCAUUGUGAGUCAUGUGAUACGGACAACACUGACUGCACUGUGAGAGGCUUAGGACCAAGCUACUGCUCCUUCAACCAAAACUAA